GUCGGGCCCAGAAACAGUCGCGCCGAAUAAUAUGAACAGAACGGAUAAUGCAGUUGCAAAAUUCGCACUCAUUGAAUCCAAAAUCUUCCUCUUCGGCUCUUUCGAUUUCAAUCCCAGUAGUCUGCGACGAAGCCGAGCUCAGCUCAUGAAGUGGCAGCAAAAAAAGGAUGCUAAUCCUUGCGGGACUUCAAACCUGAAUUCAGCAUUUCUCGCCGUUCCUAGAUUACCAGUUCAACGAAUCUCAAACUCCAACUUGUGUUCCACUUCUAAUUGUUCUGAUAACUGUAAUAAGUCUAAGAAGUUGACAUUUCGAAGAAGAAGUAGCGUUUUGUUGUGCUCUAGGAACGAUAUUUUUGAUAAUUUAUCGAGCACCCAGUUGCCGGAUAAGCCUCUAGUGGAUGGAAUUCAAGAGAUUGAUGAGAUUGGUCUGCUAAAUAAACCUUCUCCUGCUCCUAUAAGCAAUGGGGUUUCAUCAGAAAUUGACGAAGAGGUUGAAAAUCCUGACGAGAAUGAAGCCUUAGCACCAUUUAUGAAGUUCUUUAAGAAUAAAGAUUCUGCAGAUGAAAAAGAAGAAGAGGAUAAAGCCCUACGAGCUUUUGAAGAAAAAAUUGAUGGUGAUGACGAGACCGAGAUAGCCAAUAAGUUGAAUGUUGAGUACUAUGAGCCCAAACCUGGGGAUGUUGUGGUUGGUGUGGUUGUCUCGGGUAAUGAAAACAAGCUGGAUAUCAACGUGGGGGCGGAUUUGUUAGGAACAAUGUUGACAAAAGAAGUGCUUCCAUUGUAUGACAAAGAAAUGGAAUUCUUGAUGUGUGAUCUUGACAAGGAUGCUGAGUCUUUUAUGAUGAAUGGGAAGAUGGGCCUGGUGAAAUAUGAGGAUGCUUUUAGCCGUGGACAGGGGCCAGGGCGCCCUGUUGUGGAGAAUGGAACGGUUUUAUUUGCAGAGGUUUUGGGAAGGACACUCAGUGGUCGGCCAUUGCUCUCAACUAGAAGGCUGUUUCGACGGUUGGCCUGGCAUCGAGUGAGGCAGAUAAAAGGACUUGAUGAGCCAAUUGAAGUUAAAAUAUCAGAGUGGAAUACUGGAGGCCUUCUAACAAGAAUUGAGGGCUUGCGAGCUUUUCUUCCAAAGGCUGAGUUAUUGAAUAGAGUAAAUAACUUCACAGAGUUGAAAGAAAAUGUGGGACGUCGGAUCUUUGUGCAGAUCACACGAAUAGAUGAAGCUAAGAAUGAUUUGAUACUAAGUGAGAAACAAGCUUGGGAAACGUUAUACCUACGUGAGGGAACACUUCUUGAAGGGACCGUGAAGAAAAUAUUUCCUUAUGGAGCUCAAAUAAGAAUUGGUGAUACAAACAGAAGUGGGUUACUCCAUGUUUCGAACAUAACCCGUGCCCGAGUUACCUCGGUGAGUGACUUACUUACAGUGGGUGAAAAGGUCAAAGUUCUUGUCGUGAAGUCGAUGUUUCCUGACAAGAUAUCUCUAAGCAUUGCAGACCUUGAAAGCGAGCCUGGUCUCUUUAUAACGAACAAGGAGAAAGUAUUUUCAGAGGCCAAGAUCAUGGCAAAAAAGUACAGGCAAAGGCUACCUGCGCUUGACGGCAUUCCCAGGCUCGACACUGCUCCAACUACAGAUCUUCCGUUUGAAAACGAAUCGAGCAUGUAUGCAAAUUGGAAGUGGUUCAAAUUCGAAAGGUAGCAGUUAAGUUAAACAAUCUAUCUUUUGUGCUUCCCAGCCAUUAUCUUACUCCAAUGGAAAUAAUUGGUUAUAUAUAUUCAACUGGGCCAGAGUUCCCUUAGAUUAACGAAUUCUUUUUCGUUGCCAUUUAUCACUAGUCAUUCCUAUUCGAAUUUGAGAAAUGAUACAAUCCAGGGAACAGGGAAGUGUAAAAGAUCAAAUUUUGAACACUAUUCUGCCUUGUUCAGCUGUUUAAUUGAUGUUCUUACACAGUAAGUUAAAUUUUCCA